AUUUAUGGCCUAGCUUUGGAUACAGCCGUUGAACCAACCAUAACGAGUGAUGUGAACGAAGAAGAUGUGCUCAAGUCAACAGCACCAUCCUUAAGCAACAAUCUGAUGCGAAGUGUUGAAGUGUGUCAAUGUCCUGAAAAUUUCGCUGAAAUGAGUGAAUUGCAGAAAUGUAAACCCGGAUAUCGACGAGUGAAUAAUCAGCUGUAUGGUGGACGAUGUGAGAAAUGUAUAUGUCAAGGACAUUCGGAUGAAUGUGAUCCAUUCACAGGACAUUGCACAAACUGCAAGCAUAAUACAACCGGACCUCGAUGUGAACGAUGCUUGCCUGGUCAUUACGGCAAUCCAUCGUUGGGUGGUGAGCGUGGAGAAUGUCGUCCAUGUGCAUGUCCAACAAUCGAAAACAAUCAUUCACCUGAAUGUACGUUAACUCAGUUGGUUGUUGGAGGUGCUGCAGCAUCGGGCGAAGAUGCAUACGUUUGUACGGCUUGCGAAACUGGUUACGAUGGAAAUAAAUGUGAAAUAUGCGCAGAUGGUUUUUAUGGAGAUCCGCUGAGUAAGGAUGGUGAAUGUAAAGCAUGCGAAUGUAACGGUAACAUCGACCCGAUGGCAAUCGGUAACUGCAAUCGAUCAACAGGAAAAUGCUUGAAAUGCAUUUAUAAUACGGAAGGAGAUCACUGUGAAGUUUGUAAAGAGAAUCACUGGGGCAGUGCGAAGGAUAAAUCAUGUACCUCGUGUGGUUGUCACCCGAAAGGUGGUUAUUUCCGAAUCGGUGCACUAUCUGCUAAUUGCGAUACUUUGACGGGUGAAUGCGAAUGUCUUGAAAACUACGAGGGUAUGCAGUGCGAUAAGUGCAAGGCUGGUCAUGGAGAUAUUGAAAACUACUGUCCAGAGUGCAACUGUAACUCAACUGGCUCGAUUGGUGUAGAGUGCGAUCAAGUAUCCGGACAGUGUCAAUGCAAAAUGGGUGUAUUCGGUAAGCAGUGUGACAUGUGUCGUGCAAGUUAUUUCAACUUCACUGAUACCGGAUGUCAGUUUUGUCAGUGUAAUAUUUACGGUUCGAUUGAUGACGGUCGAUGCGACAAUGUAACUGGUAAAUGUGAAUGUCGUAUUAAUGUUGAUGGGAACAUGUGCGAAAAAUGCGUAGAUGGCUUCUUCAAUAUCACAUCUGGGAGUGGAUGUCAGGCGUGUGGAUGUGAUCCACAAGGCUCAGAUGGCGUACUGUGCGAUAUGCAUUCCGGACAAUGUGCGUGCAAGCCAGGUGUCACAGGUCUGAAAUGUGAUCAGUGUGCACCGAAUCAUUACGGUCUUGAUGAAACUGGUUGUAAAGAGUGUCAAAUUUGUCCGGCACCAGGUCAAGUUUGUGAUCCAGUUACUGGCGAUUGUGUAUGUCCACCGAAUACGGUCGGUGAAAUGUGUGAGAAUUGUACCAAGAAUGCAUGGAACUAUCAUCCACUGAAGGGGUGCACAUUGUGCGAUUGCUCUGAAGUUGGAGCUGAUGGAUCUGAUUGUAACCCACUGAAUGGACAGGUUUGA